CUUUCCUGGACAAGGAUGAGAUCACUGGCGAAAGAGAGGUGGGAGGACCCAUUUCAAACGAGCAGCGGCCAGCGGCAGGAUCGAAAUGAUGAUGAUGCACGGCCAACAUCAGCGAGGAGACAAGCAAAAGAAUCACUGGAGUCACUUUUACUGGAAGCAGAAGAGGAAGAAGAAGAAGAAGAAGAAGAAGAAGAGGAAGAAGAGGAAGAAGCGGCGGUGGAAGGGAUAAAGAAUUGCGGAGAAAUGGAGGGAAGACAAUGGCUGCGUGCGUCGCAACAAGGCGAAUGCUUCCUCUCGCUCUCAAGGUGGCAUUUUGAUGGAGAGGAGAGGCCUCGUUGCUGCUCGGCUUGUCACUAUCUUCCAGGCCGUGCUACUGCUGCAUUGCAUCUUCUUACCACUGUGAGUACGCUCCUGAAACCUCUGCUGGUCCAUUUAGUAAUUUUAUUUCGCUUCUUCGCAAGAGUCGGAGAAAGAGGAGAUCCUCUGGCUUGCAAUCGGUCUUUUUCCGUCUCUAGGUUGUAGACGCCCCUUUACAGUGUUUCUUACUUCUCUUCUUCUUUUUCUUCUUCUUCUUCGUCUUCGUCUUCGUUCUCGCUGCUGCCUGUAGAGAUUUCUCGGGCAGGCCGCUUGCCGCUGCUCGCUGAGGACAGUCAGGAAAAAGGAGAAAAAUUUAAAGCCAGACGAGAAAAACCUU